AUGCGGCGUGGUGGAGCUCCAUCGAAACCUGCCCCACAAGCUGCUCCAGCUCCAGGUCUUCCACCAGAAUUGAGGCCGAAAUUUCCAAGAUUUGACGAGUUUGCACCCGUGGAACAACCGCAGACCCCACAGACUCCACAGACUCCGCCUCCUCAAACUCCAGUGGAAGUUGAUGCACCUAUGAAAACUUUGGAAGGAGAUGCUGCUGAUAAUGUGCCGGUGGAUGCAGACGGUCAGAAUCAAGAGGUUCCAUCAAAAGAUGUCGAAACACCUGAUGCUCAGAAACCGAAGAAGAAGAAAAAGGAAAAACCCAAGAAAGUAGAUGACGGGACAGCUGUGGCGGUAUUUGUGGAUGACGAUGAGGCGAAGAAAGAUGAAGGAAAUAAUGCAGUGGGACUAUUUGUGGAUGAUGAUGAGGAUGAGAAGAAACCAAAGAAAAAAGAGAGAAAAGAUAGACCGAGAGCUGGUCCAACUGAGAAAGAGAAGGAUAGUAAUCGGGAUAAAGGAAAAGAGGGAAAGGACAAAGAUAAUGCAAAAGUUAUCAAGAGACAGAAGCAACCAAAGACGGAGAGCUUGCGCCAAAAAGGAAAACCAACUAAUCAGAGUAAUCGACAGAAGAAGAAUCAAGCGAGUAUGAGAAAAGUGAAUGCUGCAAAAGCACCAAAUCCUGUCCAGCAACCACCUCCAGCAGCUAAAGUUGCUCCGAAGCAGGCGGCACCUCCUGCUCCAUUACCUGCUGCUGGUGUCGCAGUGGUUCCAGCUCCGCCAGUAAAACCAGCAGGACAACCUGGUGCUGUGGAUCCAAGAGCGCCUAAAAUAGUUGCUCCUGUUGCAAAAGAUCCUAAUGAGGGCUUCUUGAAGGCGAUGUACGCGAAGGCAAAGCAGAAGAUAGCGGCAAUGUCGAAAAAUCCGAAUUAUGUUCCGACGAGUGAUACCGCAAUGGCUGAGGAUACUCUUGUUGCAACAGAUGAAGCUAUCAUAAAACCUGAAAUAACUGCUGUUUAUGGUACUCCACUGGACUAUCCAAAAGGCGUUCUUCCCCCGAAAAGCGAUAAAUAUCAUCCGGACAAACUGUUUCCGGGCGGACGUCCAUUCUGGAUGAAUCGAAGCGAGAAACCUCCACAAGCUAAGGUUAUUAUGAUUGGUGAAGUGGAAGCUCGUCUCAAAGCGAAGACUAUCAAGUUUGAGCCGCCCAUUCCGAGAACUGAACCUUUCACUCCAUACUGUCAAGACUUCCAGCUUCUGAAGCGGACGGAUGAACAGUUUUCGCAAAUCAGAGUUCUCCGCAAUACGGCCCGCUCUUGUUGCAUCAUGAAGACCCAUGCGAUAGAGUUCGAAAGAACAAAAAAAGUAAUAAGGCCCAAAACAGGAAAGAGAUUGCCAAAUCGGAGGAAUCCACCAGUUUUACCGACUUAUUGUCAGACAUACACGAGAAAACAAUACAAGAAGAAGCCGGUCCAUACGAAAAAACCGCUUGUCUUUGGAACGAAAGGCAAGAAAAUAAAAGCGAAGAAGAAAGAUUCGAAUUCGUGUAGUAUUGCUGAUUAA